AUAUCGAUUAUUAUCGAUUUUAAUAUAACUGUUAUUUACCGAUCUUAAAUUCUCUUCUUCAUAGACGUGAGUGGUUACGCUUGCCUAUUGUAAAUUUGACAGAAUAAUUAAGAAGUUAAUAUGACGAAUUCAAAGGGAUAUCGUCGUGGAACAAGGGAUUUAUUUUCCCGAAAAUUCCGUAAACAUGGAACAAUUCCAUUAUCCACGUAUAUGAAAGUAUAUAAAGUAGGUGAUAUAGUUGAUAUCAAAGGUAAUGGAGCAGUGCAAAAGGGAAUGCCUUAUAAAGUUUAUCAUGGAAAAACUGGACGUGUAUUCAAUGUAACUCCCCAUGCUCUUGGUGUCAUUGUUAAUAAAAGAGUACGUGGACGAAUUAUUGCAAAAAGAAUAAAUGUUCGUAUUGAACAUUUGACUCAUUCUAAAUGUAGAGAAGAUUUUUUGAAACGAGUAAAAGAAAAUGAAAGACUCAGAAAAGAAGCAAAGGAAAAAAACAUUAAAGUACAGUUGAAAAGACAGCCUGCUGAACCAAUGCCUGCACAUAUUGUAUCAGGACGUGAAAAUCCUAUUUCACUUGCACCUAUACCUUAUGAAUUUAUUGCUUAAAACUUAAAUAAAUAUGUUAUGAAAAAA